AUGAACAAACAUGCUCCUGCCCACUUUGUCAGGGUUAAGAGACAGCCAGCUCCUUGGAUAACGGAGGUAGUUCGUAUUGCCAUGAGAAAACGUGAUCGUGCUUUUAGAAUAUUCAAAAGGGAUCGCUGCGAAGAGAACAGGAGGUACUUCAAAAUUGCGCGCAACCGCUGCAACUAUAUGGUAAGAGCUGCUAAACGCCGUUACAUCCACUCGAAUAUUCAAAAUUCUUCUUCGGCCAAUAUCUGGAAGUUUCUCAAAUCACUUGGGCUGUGCAAUCAGCCCAAUGAUUUCUCCUCUCACUUUUCAGUAAAUGAACUAAACAGACACUUUUCGACUGUUCCUGCUCUGAAUAAUUCUCAGAAAUCUACUACAUUAGCUGAGAUAACAUCCUGGCCUAGACUAUCCGUAGAAUUUUUAUUUUCACCAGUUACUGAUGAUGAAGUCUACAAGAUAAUAUCCUCCAUUAAAACUAAUAGUAUUGCCCCUACCAAUCUGGCUUUCGUCCGGGACACUGCUCUGCUGAAAAUUACCGAGGACGUGAGGGAAGGCAUGGAACAAUCAAAAUUAACCGUUCUAGUUCUAAUCGAUUUCUCCAACGCGUUCAACACCGUGGACCAUGAUGUUUUACUAGCUAUCCUUUCACAUCUUGGGAUUUCAUCAUCAGUUGUUAAAUGGUUUGGCUCCUAUCUUCGUGGACGUCAGCAGGCAGUUCGUGCCAAUCAGACAUUAUCGGAUUGGUGCGAUCUUGUUGCUGGGGUUCCUCAAGGCGGUCGGCACGCGGUGAACAUGACGACGAACCAGGAUGGGGAACCAGACACUCUCAAGACGUAUUGGGAUCAUUUCUUCAAAGCAGAGACCGGCACUUAUGAGAAAUCCACAUGGCUCGAUUUGUUCUUAGCAGAAUUCCUGAUAAGAUACAAUGAAGGAGCGAACCCUAAAGAACUAAUAAAAUUUUGCCCUGUCAGUGGAGUGGUGACGCUGGUCGGCUGCGAGCUGCUAUGUGGCAUCCACCGUGUGACGUCAUCCAUCAACACGCAUUAUACUGUGCCACUGCCGUAUCUGGAUACUGUUUGCUCAGGGAAGGAAACUCCUAUCUUCCAACAGUCGCCUACUCCUACUCCACCAGGUAAAACGGAAGAGUCGAGGGUGCAACCGACCAGUCUUUUCACGAUAGCCAAUUCACAAUCUUCCACCGAGAUCCUUAGAAAGUAUCUGCUUGGAGGAAUUGCUUGGCGAUGUCUUAUUCUGCUUCGGGCCUUAGGGGUUGAGGGCCUGUCCUGCUGCAGGCAGUUGAGCUCAGUGCUGAUAUGGCUGUAUGGAGAGCUGAGUGGCGCACCGUCACCUGCGCAGCACCGCUGCUUGUCACCGGCCUCCACACGGACCCCCAUACACCAACUGUUCUCGCACAGGAUAUGGUCACAACAGAAACCUGUCGGUAGUCAAGGCUCUAAAGUGGAUUCUGCAGCAUCGUCAGAGAAAGGUUCCGUUGUUGGAAGAUCCCGGCAUGGCGCAUUGAUAAGGGCAGACGUGGCAGAAAGUAAGAGCAAAAGAAAAUUACCUAAAAACACUGACCCAUCAACUGAAGAGAGUGAUUCCAAUGGCGAUCUUCAAAUAUUGAAUCGUUCUAUUACUAUUAAAGUUUGUACUCCUGACGAUGGCUUCGAUUAUUUCAACACACCAGUACGCUCCUCCACCGAGUAUCCAAUUGAAACUCUAUACAGCGAUCCUUAUAGUACACCGCUGAAAGCUAAGCCGAAAGUAGAUGACUAUAUGACAGACAAACAUAAAGAAAUACUCAACACAGAAAUAACAACCUUAGAAUUUGUAUUAAUCAUCAUCGAUUUGCUCCAAGAACUGUGCAAAGCUGAAAGUAGUUUAUCCGGCGCGGAAGGAUCACAAAUAUCGGUGCAAUGUAUAAAUUUCUCAUUGAGAAACCUUUGCUCUCUUCAGUUUGGUUCAGCACCAGCGCAGUCCUCGGAAGGCGUCGAGGAAGCGUCGGAAACCAAAGUGGCUUUAACUGAAUUACUCAUAGUUUCACUGGACAAGGUCCUCGUCCAUUCAGAUUUAUGUGUCAAAUUAAUAAACAACGGCAUACUACCAAUGUUGUUGCGAAUUCUAGAAGACGUAGUCUGCAAAUCUAGCAGUAAAUAUAGGAAAAACGACAACCAUAACCGUGCCAAACCUAUCCAAACACAAAAUAAGACUGAAUCAGAAAAUUUGCUCAAAUUUGUAUUUGGUAUAUCUUAUUCGAUAACAGCGUUCUUCCAUUGCCUGCUGAUGCAGUGUCGGUCCGUGGACAAACUUAGAGAAUUUACAGAACAGUUUAAAUUGUACGCUGAGUGCCUUAAAGGUGGUUUAUUGAAAGACUGCAUAGAAUUAAUGAUAAGAAUACCUGAUGUUAACCAAGAGGAGACGGUGACGUUAAUCAAGAAGUUAGUCGAGACGAUAGGCAAGUUAGUAUGCGGUAUGAAAAGAGUGAGGAGCGAAGUGAUACACUCUGCCGCUUGUCCGAGAACGAGACACAAAAUGUGCCGAAAGCGGCUGGCGGCCGGCAUGCACCAUCACCACGACAUCCUGGGUGAGGCCAGCAUCGAUCUGCCCAUGGCAUCUGCAUGCUGUAUAUCUGUUUUGUACGGAACACUGACGGCUGUCGUGAUAGAUGAUGAGGUAUCCGCAGAACCGACGUUGAGAAACAAGAUUCUGAAAGUCAUGUUGAACUGUGGGGUCUGUUGUUGCUUCUCCCCAGGUACUCUCAUGGAAAGUAUUGUGAGACUUAUGUUAACGCAUAACAAUAUAGCCUCCUUGUGCCUUCAAUUGCUAGAACACACAGUUUAUGGUGAGUUAGGAGCUAGCGUACUCAUACCGAAAGUUACCGAUCAGCUGCCGUGCUCAAUUUGCGAACCAUGCGAUAACAAAAGAGACUUGGCUAGAAAGUGCUCUCAUGGAAUUAGUCCAAUGGAGAGGAAAAGCGGAUGGUCAUUUCUUAUUCACUAUAAUUCGUUACUGCAGCUGGACAACCAUAAUAACGUAUUGCACGCCACGGUCAGUCAUUUAUUGCGAGUGACGCCCAAAUGUCGGACGGAAAUGAAGUACGAACUGCUGUUUAGCGUCAUAUAUCCGAGCUUCAUCGUCGCUAAACAUAGAUACAUAUUAAGAUUAGAAGAGUCCGCUUACUUCCUGACCGUAUCUUGUUUGAACAUAUUUGCGAGUCUUCUUAACUCUAUAUCUUUUGCUGAACAGUUCAUACAAAAGGGAGGACUCAGUUACGUUCUCGAGUUAGUGUCGCUAUCCGAAUUUUCAAACCAAUGUUGUUCGAUCCUGGAAAUUGCUAUUAUAGUGGAAAUAUUCAAACUUAUGAGAGAAAACUCAGAUGUGAUGUAUUUCAGAGAGAUAAGCACUCUAGCGUCUGUGCAGAUGCUUUUCAAAUCAUUAUCUGAUAUGACGGAGAGGUGUUACAAAAUAUUUAGAUUAAAGUUAACCGAUGAACUAUAUGAGGAAUUAAGCGAUUUGACCAAGGAAAAUGAGAUGUUAGAGUUCACACAUGCGAGUACAGAGAAUGUUCAAACAAGAAAUAUAUCUGUGCCACAAUUGAAUAAAAGCGAUUUUUCAUCAAGCGAUAACAUUGAAGAAUCAAUUGAAGAUUAUAUUGAAGUUUUGAAAAACAUAUGGACCUUUUGGAAGACAUGCGCGGAUUUGUGUCUGUACAGUCCCAUGUUUAGAGAGUACGUAGUUUGUGAAAGUGUGUUUGUUGAUAGUUAUGGACUGUUGAAGCUACUGCUCCAUUACUUGUGCCACUGUGAGUGCGGGCCAGCCGAGACCCGAAUACUUAUCAAAAUCAUGGAAGCGCUAUUGACUGUGCAGUUUGCUGUAUCUGAUGUAACAUCGGGCCGGUCUAAGGAGACCAGCUGCGGACUCAUUCGGUUGGCACUCAGCGGCGUGGAGGAGGCGGAGGGUGUGCGGGGCGAGGGUGAUGGGUGCGCGGGGGGCGGGGGCGGGGGCGGGCUGCAGGCGGUGUGCGAGGCGCUGCUGCGGGUGUCCGCCGCCCGGCCCAGCCUGCGACACACUAUGCCCGCCCUCACUCACGCAAAGGUGCCGCCGCUGUCGUGCGCGUCGGGCGGCAGCUCCGCGUGCGGCGGCGGCUCGUCCAGCGAGGAGUCCGCGCCCGCGCCCGCGCCCGCGCCCUACGCCAGCGACGAGCACGCGCGCCCGCACGCGCCCGACGACGGAUACGAGGCGGACGUUGAAAUAAGUAAACUGGAUAUGACCUCAUACAAACUGAAGAAACUUUCUGAAUCUCUCUCCUCGAUAGGAAGUAAUUAUGCUGGUGUUCAAAACACGUUGGAGUCGACUGUGGACUGCUGCGAAUAUACGAAGAACGGCGAGCUCGCCCAUCCAGAGCUGUGUAUGAUCGUCGUCGACAUACUUAUCCAACUCAUACAGAAACUGGCGGGCGAGGCUGGCGGCGGGGACGCUGGCGGCGCGGGCGAUGCGGGCGCGGCGGGCGCUCGGCGGGCGGCCCGCGCGGUGUGCGGGCGACUGUGCGGGCGGUUGGCCCGCGCGCGCCGACCGCCCGCCGGUCUGCUUCGCCGCCUGCUGGCGCCGCCGGUACGCGCCCUGCUCGUGCGUACGCAUCCCGCCCUCGAAGAUUUGCAGCGGAGCAUUCUAGAGCUGAUCCACUCAGCGGCUUCUCAAAGCAUAAGCCCGGUAGAACUGGGCGAGCUACUGAAAUUACUAGCAGCGGAAAAUCCACCGCUGGAUUUGUUGUUACCAGCGCUGCAGCGGCUGGCGGCCGCAGCCACGCCCAACUCGCCCGACUGUUUCCUCACCUUCCCAGUGGAAGUUCAUCCAGAUAAUGUACAAAUGGCGGAAGACGAUAUGAACUUAUCGGCGAAUUGUCAAGUAGAAGCACACACGAGAAAACUGCGUGAAAGUCACAUUGCGGCGGGGGUGACGUCGGCGUGGUCUCGGCACGCGGCGCGAGGCAGCGCAGCGGGCGCGGGCUGGGCGGCGUGGCAGGCGGGGUUCGCCGCGCUGCUGUGGCUGCGGCUGCAGCGCCCCGCGCCCGCGCCGCAGCCCCCGCGCUCCCCCCACACGCACACCUCCGCAUGGGGUGAGUGUGCACGCAGGGGUGACGUCGGCGUGGUCGCGGGCUGGGCGGCGUGGCAGGCGGGGUUCGCCGCGCUGCUGUGGCUGCGGCUGCAGCGCCCCGCGCCCGCGCCGCAGCCCCCGCGCUCCCCCCACACGCACACCUCCGCAUGGGGUGAGUGUGCACGCAGGGGUGACGUCGGCGUGGUCGCGGGCUGGGCGGCGUGGCAGGCGGGGUUCGCCGCGCUGCUGUGGCUGCGGCUGCAGCGCCCCGCGCCCGCGCCGCAGCCCCCGCGCUCCCCCCACACGCACACCUCCGCAUGGGGUGAGUGUGCACGCAGGGGUGACGUCGGCGUGGUCGCGGGCUGGGCGGCGUGGCAGGCGGGGUUCGCCGCGCUGCUGUGGCUGCGGCUGCAGCGCCCCGCGCCCGCGCCGCAGCCCCCGCGCUCCCCCACACGCACACCUCCGCAUGGGGGUGACGUCGGCGUGGUCGCGGGCUGGGCGGCGUGGCAGGCGGGGUUCGCCGCGCUGCUGUGGCUGCGGCUGCAGCGCCCCGCGCCCGCGCCGCAGCCCCCGCGCUCCCCCCACACGCACACCUCCGCAUGGGGUGAGUGUGCACGCAGGGUGACGUCGGCGUGGUCGCGAAGCAGUGAAACGGGCGCGGGUGAUCAAGAGGCUCAUUCAAGAUCUUUUCUGUCUUUGUUUACACUUAUACCCGAUGACGUGGACGAGUGGCAAGAAGAGUGGAGCGAGUCGGAGUCGCCGGUAGCGAGCGUGCGCGCCGGCGAGCCGCUCCACGUGCUGUCCGUCGGACACGACUCGCUCAUGUUCGAGAUGUGGCUCGAGCCCGCUACAGGCAUGGUGGUGUUCCGCGUGUCACGGGCGGAGGGAGGGCGCGGGGGCGGCGCCGUGGCGGAGGGGCGCGCGGGCCCGGUGACGUCACACCGUUGGCACUGCAUCGCACUCAACGUCACCGAUCGUUUAAUUAAGCGCCGCCUGCAUGUGCAGGUGACAAUGUAUGUCGACGGUUAUGAACAUGAGACCGUGUCACUGCCAAUACAAGGUAUCCUAGUUCGCAAGGCGACCCCGAGCCACGUGCUGCUGGGUCACGCAGGCGGAGCCACGGGCGGCGCCACCUACCAGGUGUCGGGCGUGCACGUGUACCGCGGCCCGCUCCUCACGCGGGCCCGGGCGCUGCACCUCGCCGCGCACGGCCCGCACCACGCCUGCCAGGUGCACCACUCACCACACCUCACACGCACCACCCGCUCUACUCACUGCACUGACUCCCAACUCGCGGGCGCUGCACCUCGCCGCGCACGGCCCGCACCACGCCUGCCAGGUGCACCACUCACCACACCUCACACGCACCACCCGCUCUACUCACUGUGCACCACUCACCACACUUCACACGCACCACCCGCUCUACUCACUGCACUGACUCCCAACUCGCGGGCGCUGCACCUCGCCGCGCACGGCCCGCACCACGCCUGCCAGAUCCGAUGUGAAACGCCUAAUUAUUCAUUACUCUUGACACCGGAACUUCUUGAUUCAGAUAUGGAUUGGGAUCAGAUGUACGAGAUAACCCAUUCAUCACUGCGCGAGUUGCAUGAUGGUCUGCUGCUAACAUUCUCCGCUCAAACGCCCUCCGUGCUUAAUGUGUAUCAGCAAAUCGUCACGCUGCCCACAGUGUUCGGGAGCCGCGUGGGCGCGUGCGGCGCGCCGCCCGCGGCCGUGCGCGUGGUGUGGGCGGGCGCGGCGCCGGGCUCCGCGCGCGGCGGCCUGGCGCCCGCGCUGCUGCUGCUCGGCGGCCCGCAGCACCUGCUCUACUUGUUCGCUAGGGUGGUGGAGCUGCAGGGCUCGGCGGAGCAGCAGGCGGCGGCGCUGUCGGUGGCGGUGCGGGCGGGCGGCGCGGACGGGCGGCUGGUGUCGGCGCUGCUGGCGCCGCCCGCCCUCGACAUGCUGCUGGCCGUGCUCGCCGCGCCCGCCUGCCGCCCCUCACAUCACAUGCUCAAGGUUAUCUUAGAUGCGGCGUGCAGCGCACCGCUGCUGAUUAUAAGCGGGGGCGUGAGUAUAUCCCGCGGGGACGCCGCCCUCAUCGAGCCGAGACUUCUGGUGCUGCUGCUUCGCGCCUGGAAACAUCUCGACGGACCGCCUGAUCAGGAGGUGCAGUGGGAGGAGGAAGGGCGCGGUCCGCAGCGCGGCUCGGUGUGGGCGCUGACGCUGCGCUGCGUGUGCGCGCUGCUGCGGGACGACCACCCGCGGCGGGAGUUCAACCUCUACCAGAUGCAGCGGCUCGGACUACUCGCGCACCUGCUGCUCGUCUGCAAGGAACGCUACCUGAACUCUGCGUGCGGGGCGAUGUGUGCGGGUGCCAGUGCGAGCGUGGUGCAGGCGGUGCGAGCCCUGCUGGGGGCGCCGCCCGCGCCCACGCACCUCGCGCACCUCGCAGACUUCCUGCUGCUCAUGCACCAGGCGAGCGACACGUUUGUGACCCACUCGAGAGCCAACUUCUACUUCCUCCUCACACCAGAGACGCCAGAAAUGAGCGACUUUAUGAACAGUGCCGCCAUUAAGAAACAUAGACGCAGUAGAAGAUCAGAAAAUACGCCCAGCAAUUUGAUGACGUCACUCGAUGACUUAACGAGCGAUAACAGUGAAAGUGUGUUCAGGGACAUAGAAAAUGUGGAUAAGUUAAUGGAAAAGGAAUCUAUCGGUAGAAAGGAAACCACCAAACAAUUGAAAGGAAUUAUUAAUAAACAGAUCAAAGAGCGCAGUAAACGCAAAGCAUCGUCUGCUUCUGAAAAUUCGGACACAACUGUCGAAAGGUCGGACGAAGGGGGUGGUAGGCCAGAAGUGGACGCCGAAGAUGAAAACAAGACAACCGAGGCUGUAUCGCAGGACGGGGAUGAAAAGAUCAUAGAACAGGCUGUAUCGCAAAGAGACCCGGAUAUUGAUGAAAAGACGUCAGUCGAGACUUCGCCGAGAUCAGGUGGGAACGAUGAUGAAAAAUCGGCAACCCAUACUGUACCGAGCUCGCAGAACGAAAAGGUGGAAAUGCAGAAUACGCCGGUAAAGACUGUGGAAAGUGAUGAUAAAAUGGCAGGCGAAGCGGUACCCGGGAUAGGCGAAGAGGAUGGAAAGAUAGCUGACAGUCAUGCCGAUGAUAAAGCGUCGGGCCAAGGUGUGGGGAAGGGCGCAGAAGACGAGCUCAACGAGUAUAUUGUUGUAGACGUUGAUGAGAUACAACACACCACCGUCGAGAUGUACACAAGCGGCAUCUAUCAGCAGCGUCGGGUUCGCGCGGGCGCGGGCCCGGGCUGGGCGGCCUGCGAGGGGCUGCUGCUGGUGCUGCGGGACGCGCUGCUCGCGCUCACUGACCACGACUUCGCGCAGACGGCGGGCGGCGCAGUGUCGGCGGAGAGCCUGGCGGUGCUCGCCAACCACCGCGCGGCCGCCGUGCGCGCCGCCGUCGUGCGCGCGCUCGCAGCGCUGCAGCGCCGCGCGCCGCCCGCGCUGCAGCGCGCGCUGCUCGCCAGGCACUACUACGUGCACCUCGCCAACCAGAUAUCGCUGUAUGAGAGUUCAUGGGAGCUGGCGGCGGCGUGCGCGUCUCUCAUCACCAAGUGUGACGUGCCUCUUGAGGACCAACUUCAUGAGGAUAUCUGGGCGGACGUGGGUGAGGGAGCGGUGCAGUACAGUCCGCCGCUGUUGGCGCUGCUACCGGUCUCCGUACACGACCCACCCCUGGUAGAACAGAUAGCGCUGCUGCUGCACCGUGUCAUCGACAAGGCGAGUGCGCGUUUGCUGAGCGAGGUGUGCGCCGCGGAGGCGAUAGUGCGUGCGGUGCGCGCGGCGGCGCGGCGCGGCGUGUCCCCGGCGCUGCGGUCGCUGCACGCGCUGCUGGCGCACCUCGCACGCAGGCUGCUCGCCGCGCACCACGCGCCGCAAACAAUCGUGGAUAUCCAUCACAUGCUCACCUACGUGGAGAUGACCGCCGAUGAAGAUGAAGCGGGGACGAGGGUACGGGUAGCGGCACGGGAUGCUCAGAUCUCAAUGUUCAAUGCUCAGCUGGAUUAUUUAGAAGAGCGGCUACACUCUUCGUACAACACGCAUACUAAAUACUCCAAUUAUUUCACUACCGUGUUGUCAACGGCGGUGUCCCGCGGGGCGGAGGGCGCGUCCCGCAGCGAGCGCGCGGAGCUGGCGGCGCGGCACGCGGGCGCCGUCACACGCGCCGUCGGCUUCCUGGUCGCGCCCCCCCCGCGCGCCGCGCUGCCCUCGCCCGCGCACGCCGCGCUCGUGCACCGCCUGCUGGCCACGCUGCUGCAAGGUCAUCGCGCCCCCCGCGCGCCGCGCUGCCCUCGCCCGCGCACGCCGCGCUCGUGCACCGCCUGCUGGCCACGCUGCUGCAAGGUCAGUACCGCCACACCUCCCCCGCGCCGUCGGCUUCCUGGUCGCGCCCCCCCCGCGCGCCGCGCUGCCCUCGCCCGCGCACGCCGCGCUCGUGCACCGCCUGCUGGCCACGCUGCUGCAAGGUCAGUACCGCCACACCUCCCCCGCGCCGUCGGCUUCCUGGUCGCGCCCCCCCCGCGCGCCGCGCUGCCCUCGCCCGCGCACGCCGCGCUCGUGCACCGCCUGCUGGCCACGCUGCUGCAAGGUCAGUACCGCCAUACCUCCCCCGCGCCGUCGGCUUCCUGGUCGCGCCCCCCCCCGCGCGCCGCGCUGCCCUCGCCCGCGCACGCCGCGCUCGUGCACCGCCUGCUGGCCACGCUGCUGCAAGGUCAGUACCGCCACACCUCCCCCGCGCCGUCGGCUUCCUGGUCGCGCCCCCCCGCGCGCCGCGCUGCCCUCGCCCGCGCACGCCGCGCUCGUGCACCGCCUGCUGGCCACGCUGCUGCAAGGUCAGUACCGCCACACCUCCCCCGCGCCGUCGGCUUCCUAGUCGCGCCCCCCGCGCGCCGCGCUGCCCUCGCCCGCGCACGCCGCGCUCGUGCACCGCCUGCUGGCCACGCUGCUGCAAGGUUAGUACCGCCACACCUCCCCCGCGCCGUCGGCUUCCUAGUCGCGCCCCCGCGCGCCGCGCUGCCCUCGCCCGCGCACGCCGCGCUCGUGCACCGCCUGCUGGCCACGCUGCUGCAUGGUCAGUACCGCCACACCUCCCCCGCGCCGUCGGCUUCCUUGUCGCGGGCGACCCGCGCGCAGCGCUGCGCUCGACCGAGCACGCCGCGCUCGUGCACCGCCUGCUGGCCACGCUGCUGCACCGUCUCUUCCGCGACAGCUGACCAGCGGCGUGGUCUUCCUCGACGCGCCCCCCCGCGCGCCGCGCUGCCCUCGCCCGCGCACGCCGCGCUCGUGCACCGCCUGCUGGCCACGCUGCUGCAAGGUCAGUACCGCCACACCUCCCCCGCGCCGUCGGCUUCCUGGUCGCGCCCCCCGCGCGCCGCGCUGCCCUCGCCCGCGCACGCCGCGCUCGUGCACCGCCUGCUGGCCACGCUGCUGCAAGUCGCGCCCCCCCCGCGCGCCGCGCUGCCCUCGCCCGCGCACGCCGCGCUCGUGCACCGCCUGCUGGCCACGCUGCUGCAAGCGGUGAGCGGCACGGGCGCGAGCGCCCCGCGUCCCAAGUGGUGGGUGGGCAGCGGCGCGGUGGGUGAGUGGGUGUCGCCGCUGCAGGAGCUGUUCUGGUGGGCGGCCAGCGGCGCGCCGGCCGUGCGUCCGCUGCAGCCGGCGCUGCUGCGCGCGCUGUACGCCGCGCCCCCGCACGUGCCGCGACUGCUCACCCCGCCGGACCCCUCCGCCAUGCGCAAGCUGGCGGUGUACCUGCUGACGAUGCUGCAGCACAUGCACGCGGCGGCCGCGGCGGGCGCGGCGACGGUGGAGCUGGCCAUCACGGACUGGGCGCGCGGCUGGGCCGUCAGCACGCAGGCGGGGCUGCCCGCGCGGCUGCCCAGCGACGCGCUGCUGCCCGAGGCGGCCGCGCUGCUGCGGCACGACCGCGACCGCUGGGCGCGCGCCGCCGCCCGGCACCGGCCCGCCGUCGCCAAGGUGGUGUUCGGGCGGGAGGGUCUGUCGGGCGCGGUGACGGAGGCGGCGAUGGGCUUGACGCGCAGCGCGGUGGAGGCGCAGAACGCGGCGCGGAAGGAGUUCCUCGACCACCUGCGGCGGGACCUCGCGCGCCGCGCCGCCGCCUCGCAGCGCUGGCGACGUCUCGUCGCGGACCUCACGCACCAGCAGGCUGUGUGGCACGAUCCGAGCAGUUACCCGCAGUCGUGGCAACUAGACCCAACUGAGGGCCCGGGCCGCGUGCGCGUACGUCUACGUCGUGCACAUCUGCGCAUACACCCGCGCUUCCUUAAGCCUGAACACCAGCACAAGGCCGAGCGGAGCACGCGCGCGGCGCCGCUGGAGGCGGUGGUGGGGGGCGCGGCGGGGGCGCGCGGGGCGGCCGCCCGCCUGCAGCCGCACGAGACGCUGGCGCACAGCACGCGCGCCGCGCACGUCACCGUCGCGCGGGACAACGACGGCGACCUGCUGCUCACCGACCGCUGUCUGCACUUCGUGCCCGACGGUGAUACCUUCUCUCUCUCUCUCUGCGAGGGCGAAGCGCAUAGCUGGCCACUGGCGCGAGUGGCGGGCGUGGCGACCCGGCGCUGGUGCCUGCAGGAGCGCGCCGUGGAGCUGUUCCUGUCGUCCGGCCACGCGCACCUGCUCGCGUUCCCCGCCGAGCCCGACCGCGCCGCCUUCCUGCGCGCACUCGCCGCCUGCCACCUGCCCGCCAGAUCAGAACCCGAUACUUUAUCAGAAGCGAUGUCCCAAUGGCGAUCUGGCAACAUCACCAACUGGGAGUACCUGAUGCGACUGAACGGCCUUGGCGGGCGCACCUAUAACGAUCUGAUGCAGUACCCAGUAUUUCCGUUCGUGAUAGCAGACUAUACCUCGCGGAUAUUAGACCUCAACAACCCCGCCUCAUUUCGAGACCUUACGAAACCUAUGGGGGUACAGAACAAGAAUCGUGAACAGCACUAUAUCAAUACGUACAAUGACCUGUGUGCGGCGCGGCGGACGGGGUGCAGUGCGCUGGCGCGGGCGCCGCACCACUACGCCUCGCUGUACUCCAACUCGGGCGGCGUGCUGCACUACCUCGUGAGACUGCCGCCCUUCACUGAACUCUUCCUCAACUACCAGGAUAACAACUUCGACAUGCCAGACCGCACUUUUCAUUCGUUGGCGACCACGUGGCGACUUAUCACUAAUGACUCCCCCACUGACGUCAAGGAGCUCAUACCGGAGCUGUUCUAUUUGCCGGAACUUUACUAUAACAAUGAAGGGCUGUCGCUGGGCGUGCGGCAGUGCGGCGCGGGCGUGGACGCGGUGCAGCUGCCGGCGUGGGCGGCGGACGCGCGGCUGUUCACGCUGGCGCUGCGGCAGGCUCUUGAAGCGCCGCUGGUCACGGACGCGCUGCCGCACUGGAUCGACCUCGUGUUCGGCUACAAGCAGACCGGGCAGCCCGCCAUCGACGCCAUCAACGUCUUCCCCGCCUGCACGUACUAUGGUUUCGACCCGCUGGCACUGGAGGAUGAGGUGGACCGGACGGCCGCUGAGGCGAUGGUGCGCACGUACGGACAGGCGCCGCGACAGCUGCUGCGGCACCCGCACCCGCACCGCGCGCCCGACCUGCACCAGCGGGAACACCACCAGCCUAGCGUGUGGGCGGGCGUGGAGGGCGCGCGGUGGGGCCGCUGGUGCGGGUCGCCGGGUGCGCCGCCCCCCGCCGUCCGCGCGCGCCGCUCCUUGUCAGCUGCGGCGGGGGCGGCGGGGGCGGCGGCGGCGGCGGGGGGCGGGGGCACCGCGUACGCGCUGCCGCACGCACGCACCGCUGCGUUCUCGCUCGCCACCACCGCACUUCUCACAGUACAAGGCGACGGUGGUACGGCUGGAGGGUACGCGAUUGUAUCGUGGGGGCACGCGGACCACAUCGUGCGAUUGCGGCGCCGCCGUGACGCACCCUAUGAACUUCUACUACAAGUGCCCCCGCUCGACCAGAUAACGUGCGUGGCGACGUGCGCGGACACGCAGACCGCGUUCGUGGGGCACGGCUCGGGCCGCGUGGUGGCGCUGGAGCCGUCGGGCCGCGCGCGCACGCUGGCCGCGCACGCCGCCCGCGUCUCCGCGCUGCACGUGUGCCUGCGCGCGGCACUCCUCGCCUCCGCCGAUACCGACGGGCGCCUCGUGCUCUGGGAUCUUAACCAGCUAACGUACAUCCGAACAUUACCGAAUCGCGACAUGUUGCCGGUGACGCACGUGACGGUGAGCGAGACGCUGUGCGACGUGGCCUCCGUGCACGACCCCGCGCGCGCACGUCGCCACGUCCCCGCCGCUGACGUCACGUCCGCCGCCGCCAGUGACGUCACCGGCGCAGACUCCUACGAACAUGAUGCAGACAAGUAUCAGUCUCUUAUACGCGUGCACACUGUCAACGGCUCAUUCGUCGGCAGCGUCAAGGUAGCGGAACUGGUGACAAGCGUGUGCUACUCAAACGCGUAUGAGGGCGUGAGCGUGAACUGCGUGGUGGCCGGUCUUCGAGGCGGCGGCGUGCUGCUGUACUCCUCCUGGGACCUGCGCCGCGUCGCUGUCAUACCGCCCGCAGAACACGCGCCGCUAAUCAGCGUGACGUACAGCAGCGACUCCCAACUACUGUUCGGGCUGUACGGGAGCGGCGUGGCGGUCGCGUGGGAGAGCGCGGGGGAGGGCGGCGGGGCGGGCGCGGGGGGCGCCGCCCCGCGACUACUGCCCGCACACGCACUACUCUGACGCACGCACACACGGAACAUGAAGAAUUUAUGAAGAAACUCAAACUUACUGUAAUGCUGUUAGCCGCAGAUGGCCUUUACAGCUUUACUGGACGAUAGGGGACGUGUGCAGAGGGCACUCCAAACCCGCGAAAAGACUUAUGGAGCGGCGGAACUCCCGCCUCGUGAAGAAAACGGCGGGACUAAAAUAUAUGUACAGUACGCUGAAUAUGAAAUAUCCGCAUUGAAUAAUAUGUGAAAAGUAACUACAGGGUAAAAAUUCGCAAUGCAAAUAAACGCUUAAUGUUCCUAUACAUGUGUCAAGUAGAAAUAAUGGUCGUUUGAUCGAUGUUCUUUUAAUAUAUUUUUAAUUGCACUUUG